AUGAGGCUGAAUCCCCUCAAAUGUGCCUUCGCCAUGGAAGCCGGCAAGUUCCUGGGAUUCAUGAUAACUCAGAGAGGGGUAGAAGCCAACCCGGAGAAAUGCCAGGCGAUACUCCAGAUGAAGAGCCCGGGUUGUAUCAAGGACGUCCAAAGGUUGGCGGGGCGGCUAACUUCAUUAUCCCGGUUUCUCGGAGCAUCGGCAACAAAGGCCCUGCCAUUCUUUAACCUCAUGAAGAAAGGGAUGGCGUUCGAGUGGACACCCGCAUGUGAGGAGGCCUUUCGGCACUUCAAAGAAAUCCUCGCGGCGCCACCCGUUCUCGGGAAGCCAAAGGACGGAGAGCCACUAUACCUGUACCUCGCCAUAACAGGAGAAGCCCUGGCUGCAAUACUGGUGCGGGAAGAAGGGAAGGCUCAACAACCAGUCUAUUUCAUAAGCAGAGCCUUGCAAGGGGCAGAAUUAAGGUACAGCAAACUGGAAAAACUAGCCCUAGCACUCUUGACCUCCUCACGAAGGUUAAAGCAAUACUUCCAAAGUCACCAGGUUGUCGUAAGAACGGACCAGGGGAUCUGGCAAGUACUUCAAAAACCCGACUUGGCGGGAAGAAUGAUGACUUGGUCCAUCGAACUCUCCCAGUACGACAUACGAUACGAACCCCGGCAAACCAUCAAGGCGCAGGCGAUGGCAGAUUUUCUAGUAGAAGUAACGGGGGAUCCAACCGAAGAAGCGAAUACACGGUGGAAGCUCCACGUGGACGGAGCCUCCAACCAGACGUCUGGAGGUGCCGGGAUCAUCUUGGAAAGCCCGGUUGGAGUUGUAUACGAGCAGUCGGUCAGAUUCGAAUUUCCCAUCUCGAACAACCAGGCAGAAUACGAAGCCCUUAUAGGGGGUUUAACCCUAGCAGCGGAAGUCGGAGCAACAAGACUGGAAAUAUGCAGCGAUUCUCAAGUCGUCACCUCCCAGGUAAACGGGAGCUACCAAGCCAAAGACUCGUUAUUACAAAAGUACUUGGAAAAAGUUAAAAACUUAAGCCAAAAAUUUGAAGAGGUCACGGUCCACCACGUACCUAGAGAAAGGAACACACGGGCAGACCUCCUAUCAAAGUUGGCCAGCACGAAACCGGGAGAAGGCAACCGGUCUCUCAUCCAAGGUAUGACAAGAGAACCAGCGGUCACACUGCACGUGUCAAGGCUAGGUUCUUCAUGGCUAGACCCCAUCACCAGCUUCCUAGAACAUGGCAAACUCCCUGACGACGAAAAGGACGCGGCAAAAUUGAGAAGGGAAGCAGCCAAAUACGCCGUCAUCCAAGGACAACUAUUCAGGAAAGGGCUCAACCAGCCCCUACUGAAGUGCCUACACCCCGACCAAACGGACUACGUCCUCAGGGAAGUCCAUGAAGGCUGCUGCGGACACCACAUAGGAGGCAAGGCCCUAGCAAGAAAAUUAAUCCGAGCCGGAUACUAUUGGCCGUCAAUGAUGGCGGACUCCAAGGAGUUUGUCAAAAAAUGUGUGAAGUGUCAACAGAACGCCAAUUUCGCCAGGGCGCUGGCCUCCGAGUUAAGCCUGCUAACGUCCUCCCGGCCAUUCUCUCAAUGGGGAGUCGACCUCUUGGGACCCUUCCCAGUCGGUCCUGGGCAAGUCAAGUACCUCAUAGUCGCCAUUGACUACUACACCAAAUGGAUAGAGGCCGAACCACUAGCUAGCAUAUCCUCAUCCAAUUGCAAGAAAUUCAUGUGGAGGCAGACAAACGGACAGGUGGAGUCUGCCAACAAGAUUAUCCUUUCAGGGCUGAAGAAGAGAUUGGAUAAUAAAAAAGGCGCUUGGGCCGACGAACUAGCCUCGGUUCUCUGGUCUUACCGAACAACCGAACAAUCCUCCACUAAGGAGACUCCCUUCCGGCUAACGUAUGGGUUGGACGCGGUAAUACCCGUAGAGAUCGGGGAACCGAGUCCCCGACUACUUUUGAAAGGAGUAGGGGAAGCCGUGGAAAAGGACCUGAUAGAUGAAGCCAGAGAAAUGGCUCAUUUGACAGAGACAGCGCUAAAACAAAGAAUGGCUUUGCGCUACAACACCAAAGUGCUCAAAAGGGAAUUCGAACCGAACGAUCUCGUCUUAAGGCGAAACGACAUCGGCCCACCGACCCCUGGAGCGGGCAAGCUGGCGGCGAACUGGGAAGGCCCCUAUAGAAUCAAAAAAGUGAUGGGUAAAGGUGCUUUCAAGUUAGAAAGGCUUGAUGGUAAGGAAGUCCCGAGAACAUGGAACGCGAUCAACUUGAGAAGGUUCUACUCCUAA